AUGGCUACAGUACUUCUAUUUUUGAACAAAUUUCUCUCCAAACAAAAGUCCUACAACCUCAACUUAACCUAUCAACUUCGCGAAGGCGCUACAAUUAUCCGGAUUAUCCUCCCUCUGACAUCAUUUCAGACGAUUUUUUGCUCGAUGUUUUUCGCUUGUAUUCUUGUUUUCAUAUCAUUCAAAGAUGUUGUGGACAAUGUCACUGCUUUGAUUCUCAACGUUGCCUUAUAUAUUAUUCCCUACUAUACUAUUGUAUCGCCGAUCCUCAUGUGGUUAACAGUACGAUGGUCACAACAGCUGAAACAGGCCAGACUGAAGAAUAUUGCCAAUAAGUCAACUAACGACUUCUUCGAUACACAGAGAGAAAUGUGGCAUUGA